AGUGGUAUCGGCCAGUAUUUUGUUUUUUCUUUUCUUUAAGCGAAGUGUUUAAAAAGCUCCAGAGGGGAGACUGGCUUGGCAGGCUAGCUAGUUAGCAAGUAAGGAAGGCUUACUAAUGAAAUCUUAAGGAGCUUUUGCAGUUUACGGACGAGAACUUAAAAAUAAUACGGCUUUUUGGUCUGAACUUUAAUGUUAUAUGUAACAGCAGACUGUUUUAGCACAUUUGGCGAGAUAUUGAUCUGUCUAGUGAGCUUAUAGUUGAGUUGGUACAGCUAGCUGGCUGCGGUUAGCUAACUGAACGUUAUGCCAAAUGAUAUUUUACUAAGAGACAGUUAGGACACCACUAGCUUAAAACACUUGUCACUGUGUGAUAGUUAAUUUAUUGUUAUACAACAAACAAUGGCCUCGGCUGGUAACACUGUCUCAUCGUUUGCGAGCAAAACAAAAACGAAGAAGAAACACUUCGUGGCUCAGAAAGUGAAGCUGUUUCGUGCCAGCGACCCUCUGCUCAGUGUUCUCAUGUGGGGAAUAAACCAUUCGAUAAACGAGUUGAGCCAUGUUCAGAUCCCCAUCAUGCUUAUGCCUGAUGACUUCAAAGCCUACUCGAAGAUUAAGGUAGACAACCACCUUUUCAACAAAGAGAAUAUGCCAAGCCAUUUUAAGUUUAAAGAGUAUUGCCCUCUUGUUUUCCGUACUUUGAGAGAGAGGUUCAGCAUCGAUGACCAGGACUUCCAGAACUCUUUGACACGCAGCGCGCCCCUCGUUAGUGAAGCUCAGGGCCGUAGUGGUGCUCGCUUCCACACCUCCUACGACAAGAGGUACGUCAUCAAAACCAUAAGCAGCGAGGACGUGGCUGAGAUGCACAACAUCCUCAAAAAGUACCACCAGUAUAUAGUGGAAUGUCAUGGUACCACACUGCUGCCACAGUUUUUAGGCAUGUACCGCCUCACUGUAGACGGAGAUGAGACUUAUAUGAUAGUCACACGCAACGUGUUCAGUCACCGGUUGUCGGUGUAUAAGAAAUAUGACCUGAAGGGAUCUACUGUUGCCAGAGAGGCAAGUGAUAAAGAAAAGGCUAAAGAACUCCCCACGUACAAAGACAAUGACUUUAUCAACGAUGGACAGAAAAUAUACAUUGAUGAGGAGAGUAAGAAGACCUUCCUUGAUAAGCUACGAAAGGACGUGGAGUUCCUUGCUUUGCUGAAGUUGAUGGACUACAGCCUUCUGGUUGGGAUCCAUGACGUGGAAAGGGCAGAACAAGAGGAGGUGGAGAGUGAGGAUAAUGAGGGAGAAGAGGAAGGAGAGAGUGAUGGAGGGAUUGUCGGCACUCCUCCUGACAGUCCCAGUAACACUCUGGACAGCGCUAAACCACUCUCACCGGGAGACUUCGACCCCUGUAUUGACGUCUAUGCCAUCAAAAGCCAUGACAAUUCUCCCAGAAAGGAGGUCUAUUUUAUGGCUGUUAUUGACAUCCUCCAGCAUUAUGAUGCCAAGAAAAAGGCUGCUCAUGCAGCCAAGACGGUAAAGCAUGGGGCUGGGGCAGAGAUUUCCACCGUGAACCCAGAGCAGUACUCGAAGAGAUUCUAUGAUUUCAUCACUACCAUUCUGCCCUAGUCUGAGGCAACUGAGCUGAGUCCACAGGGAUGAAGAGGGACGCCAGCAGAGGGGUGUUGAACACUCACUCGCCUGCUCUGCCACAGGGGGGCACCCCUACAGCAGCUACAACCACCAUUCGUUUACAUUUGGAUUUUCAUUUAUUUGUCUUUUUGUUUUGUGGGACCAUGUGAGUGAUGGAAAAGGACAGCAGUUGUAACUUUUUUUGGGGGGGAUAGGGCUUUUUACUGCUUUCUUGUGCAUGCCCCUUAAUCUUGUUUGUUCCAUUUGAUAUUUUUCUUGCCUUUUAAAGCGGAAGAGGACGGAGAGAGGAAAGAGAGCUCAUGUGAUGGUCUGUGGCUCAGUUAGUAGAAUUAGGUCUUUGAAAAAGGAGGCCAAAACACAACUUCUCAAUUGGAACUGUAUGCGUUCUCUCACUGAAUCAUUCAUCAAAUCCCUAGCCGGACUCACUUCACUCAACCCUUGGCUGCCCGCUCUGCUUUACUCCAGCUUCGCAGAGAGGCACCUGAAGCACUUGACACCACGGCACCUGCUAACUCUCCUUACUCGCACAGUCCUCUUCAUUAUCUGGACAGACUAACCAGAAACACUCUUUGAGCCAUUUACAAAAGGAGGACCCAUCGCCCCCUAACUUGCCUUGUGUGGACAGACAGCUGAAUCUGACUGUUUUGCAUGUUCCUUCAGUGUUCUGAGGCGUUUGAAACGGUGGCGAAGGUUUCCGGUAGGUUUUUUUUUUGGUUUGGGUUUUUUUUGGAGUUUGUUUUGCAGCAACUUGACAGGAGGGAGAAUGAAGACACUGAGGCAGCAGGAUCAGUGGUUUCUCUUCAGUCAUCAGUGAUUUCUGUUACAUUAAUGAUUCAAUUACCAUCAGCACCUUAAACUGUUGCACUUUUUAUUAGGAUCACUCGGUCUGUUACAAGCUGCAACGAUAGCACUAUGAGGCACUGUUCAACGCAGCCUUGCCGUUUCACGUGUUCUCACGCAUACGCUUGUUCUCAACAGACAAAACAUAGUUUACCUCUUGCAUUGUACCAGGACACACCGAUUUGUGUUGCGUUUCAGUAUUCCAUGGAGGUUUGGGGAAGGGGUUCUUUAUUGUUUUUUUUUUUUUUUUCUUAUUCAUUUUUUUAAAACAUUAGUUUUGUUUGAAAUUGUGUAUGUCUUGUGAGUUUUGUUCGAAAUUUUGAACGUUCAAAUUGGCAGCAAAAUAGAUUAAAUGUUGUACAUUUUGCACAUGAUGAAUGGAACCAAAAUGUUGAUGGAAUCCUGUUGGUUCAGCAGUGGUAUUUACAAGGGAAGCAUAAUGCCUGUAACAGAGGAGAAUACUUUUGUAAAUGGCAUUGAAUUAGAAGCAGGUAAUAUGACUUAGAGAUUAACAUUUGUUUCUUAACUUUUCUAAUUCAAAGAUGAAAGCCUCCUCAUCCUAUGUUGGUUUAUACUUUUUGAUCACUUGCACGUUUUUACAUUGAAUUUUAAUCCACCAGAAUUUUAAAGCACCACUCCGUGAUUCAGUAAAAGUGUUCUGAUAAAUGAAGAAUGUUGCUCUUUUAAAUCAUACAACACAAGUACUGUGUAAAAAAGAAAGGAAAAAGACAAAAAGAUGCAUGUUGCAUUAUUUUUAGUGUUCAGUCUGGUUUAGUCCAGAGAUGGUGUAUAUUCCAUGCUUGGUCAUAUUUUUU